UAAACACACUCAUCGCGCAGGAGCACGGGCGGACUUUGACAGAUGUGGUCUGGUUUGGUGAUCGUUAGCCGGGCUGAGUGUGAUCGGCAGCAGCUGUCUCCUCCAACACAUCGGAUGCUCGAGUGACCUGGAUGUGGAACUGGAAUAAAGGCCGAUCUCUGUUCAUUUUUGACACACCCGCAACAACCCUGCGAUGUAACCGGGGGUGGCUGCUGGAACAGCAGGAUAGCUAGCUAACUUUAUCAGCCGGCGAUUUCACCCAUAUAUAAAUAUAUGUUUUAACUUAAGAACAUAAUCCAUCGUGUUGGAAAAUGAACGGACUUUGGAGGUGCUCUCUUGUCCGGCUGACAUAGUUGUUUGACUUCGUGAAUAAUGGAAAGCAGGAGCCAAGAGGAGCAGGAAACAAUGUUAUUAGCCAGUUAGCUAACGUUAGCUCAGCUAGCUGUUAGUUAACUACAUCAAAUUAGUGGGCUGAGUUAGCCAAGCUAACUCAGCCCACUAAUUUAAACAGGAACAGACAUCAUUCUACUUUGUUUGCUGUCCAACGUUAGCUUAUUGGAUAUAUUUGCUCAGCGACAGGGUUUCCCAGUGAAACACAUUCAACGUUUACCCAUUUUCUGCAGUUUACGUAGCUAGCUAGCUAGCUAACCAGGUGUGCCGAGCAGCGCUGAACUCGCUGCUACAGUCUGCUGUGGUGUCGCUGCAGAAGUCAUAUUGCAAACAUAGCUUUACUCCUGUUAAAACUGUCAAGCGGACGACAACCAUGGCCGAAGAAGCGUUUUCUCUGCAUCUCCUGGUGUGGAACAAUCAGUACCUGGAGCUCGAUCGAGAGCUGCAGAGGAAAGAGCAGGAUGUGGAGCGCCUAGAUCCGAGAGGGCGCACCCCGCUGGAGCUGGCUGUGUGUCUGGGCCACCUGGAGGCAGCCCGGGUGCUGCUCAGGCACUCUGCGGACACGACAUACAAUAACGCACAGGGCUGGACUAUCUUGCAGGAGGCGGUGAGCACCGGGGACCCUGAGCUGGUUCAGCUGGUGCUUCAGUACAGAGACUACAAACGUGCCACUGAGAGAUUGGCGGGCAUCCCAGAGCUGCUCAGCAAACUAAGACAGGCGCAGGACUUCUAUGUGGAGAUGAAGUGGGAGUUCACCAGCUGGGUGCCCUUGGUGUCGAAGGUGUGUCCCAGUGACGUCUACAGAGUGUGGAAGAGUGGCUCGUGCCUCCGUGUGGACACCACCCUCCUGGGCUUCGAACACAUGACCUGGCUGAAAGGACGACGCAGCUAUAUCUUCAAGGGCGGAGAUGAAGGUGCCGUGGUGAUGGAGGUGGACCAUGAGAAGCAGGUGGUGUACACAGAGCCACUGGUGUUGUCUCCCCGUGACGCGCCCUCCCUCCUGGCAGCCAUGCAGCCAUCGCAGGAGAACACAGCCCAGAGAAUCACAUCGCCCAUCGUCUCCACGCACCUCAACACACGCAACAUUGCCUUCGAACGGAACAAGUCGGGAAUCUGGGGCUGGCGUUCUGAGAAGAGUGAGGCGGUCAGCGGGUACGAAGCGAAGGUUUACAGUGCCACCAAUGUGGAGCUGGUGACUCGGUCAAGGACAGAGCAUCUGUCAGACCAGGAUAAGUCCAGGAGCAAAGGCUCAAAGACCCCUCUGCAGUCCUUCCUGGGGAUUGCUGAACAACAUACAGCCCACAAUGGGAGUAAUGUGUCCCAGUGUGCCAGUCCUCACAACCCCACAGCCAUCACAGCUGAGGAGUACUUCAACCCGGAGUUCACCCUGAACGGCCGGGACAUCGGACGUCCCGUCGAGCUUACCAGCAAAGUCCAGAGGUUUAAGGCGACACUGUGGUUGAGUGAGAGUCACCCCCUCUCCCUGGCAGAGCAGGUGACGCCCAUCAUCGACCUCAUGGCCAUCUCCAACGCCCACUUUGCCAAGCUGCGUGACUUCAUCACCCUGCGCCUGCCGCCAGGCUUCCCUGUCAAGAUAGAGAUUCCCCUGUUUCACGUGUUGAAUGCCAGAGUGACUUUCAGUAACCUGUGUGGCUGCGACGAGCUGGUCAGCUCUGUGACGGUUCACACACCAGAGGGCUCCGAAGAAGCUGGUCAAGCUUCACCUCCCUUCCAGUGUGAGGUGGACCCCUCGGUGUUUGAGCCCCCCGCAGACUACACCACCCUCGGUCCAGGCCGCAGCGAGCCAAUGAGGGACGAGGAUGACAACCUACUGCAGUUCGCCAUCCAGCAGAGCCUGCUGGACGCCGGCACAGAGAGUGACCAGGUGACCAUAUGGGAGGCCCUGACCAACAGCCGCCCGGUGCCCCAGUCUCCGCUGUUCGAGGAAGACACUCAGCUGGAGAGGGCGAUCCAGGAGUCUCUGACCAUCUCACUGGGCAGCAGAGAGGACGAAGACGCGGCCGACCCCGACCAGCCUGCUGCUGUCUCCCCCGUGUCUGACCCCACCCUAACCUCCAACUCCCCGCUCUCCUACAGCGCAGUGACCGAUCCGCGGCUGUCGGGACACUUCGGUGUGGCGUCGAGCUUCGACGAGCAGCUGCGUAUCGCAAUGGAGAUGUCGUGCCGGGAGCAGGACGAGAUUGACAGGAGGCAGAAGGAGGAAGAGGAUGAGCUGGAGAGGAUCCUGCAGCUGUCACUCACCGAGAAGUAAUGUCACAACAACAACAACAACAACAACAACAACAAUGGAGGUGUGUCUUCAUUGGGGAACAAUCUUCUUAAUUUAUUCUGUUUUUAGUUUUUUAAAUCCUCAGAUGUUAAGUUAUUACAGAUAUUUUAUUUGUCUUUCUCACACGAAGGCUGCUUCAACAGAUUGUGAAGGCGCAGAAUAUAAGAGGUGGGAGGGAUGAAUAAGAGGAGGUGCUCUGAAACACGCUACAGUGAAAGGAGGAGACAAAAGAGAGGCAAUCUUUGUUUUUCUUUUUUUAUUGAAUCUUUUUCACGGUCUUGCUGUCUUGAUUGAGUGACGAAUGAUCCUUAAACUUAAAUCCUAUAACAUGUUCCACGAUAAUUAUGAAAAAUAAGAAAAUACAAUCUUAAUGGAAUAACUUAUAAAAAGAUAUGAUUGUAACAUUUGUGUUGGGUUACUACUGUGUGUGAAAAAUAAAGAAUAAUGAUCAUCCUGGA